UAUUCCUGAUUCACUGAUUUGACGCUGACAGCUGCGGGGCGGGCGCAACUAAGAAAAUUAUAAGGUCAUUUGAAUUACGCCUGCUAGCGAGCUUAUCGGUCACAAUGAACCCGGGAAUGAUAUAAAUGAUCGCGACAAUGAACGGACGAUGAUCACGGGGUCAAAGUCGACGCUCACCGCCGGGAGAUUUUGGAGGAGCAGCCGCCGCAGCAGCAGGUCGUUGUGCCGUUAACGACAGGAGGGAUCCCAGUGCGUGUUGUCUCUGUGCGUUUCUCUGUCCAAAAGGCGACCGAGCGGCGGUGACGAGCGCAGGGGGGCGACCCGGGCAGCCUGUAAGCCGAUCAAGGUGGAAUCGCGCACGACGAGUUUGGAUUUCUGCGCACCUACAUGCUUGUGACGGUGUGAUCGAGGUGCUGCAAGGAUGAUGCGUCUGGCAUGUUGCACGGUCCUGCUGUUCGUAUUGAGGCUGCUGGUGGGCCUGCCUUGGUACCAAGUUCUUCCGGCCGUCCUGAUCUUCUACCUGGGAAGCGGAGGAUGGAAGUUUCUGCAGAUUUUCGCCAGAACAGUCGGCAGAGACUUACACGCAGCGAGGGUGUUGUUGCGGGUGAAGAUGAACGUCAGGCGCCACCUCAAAGAGAAGAACACCAUUCCCAAGAUCUUUGCUGAAACUGUGCAACGCUACGGGGACAAAACGGCACUCAUCUUUGAGGGGACUGGAGAGAGGUGGACUUUCCGACAGCUGGAUGAAUACUCCAACAGGGUGGCGAACCUGCUGCUGGAGCGGGGAUUCAGAGAUGGCGAUGUUGUGGCCAUGUUCAUGGAGAACAGGUCUCAGUACGUGGGCCUGUGGUUGGGCAUGGCGAAGAUCGGAGUAGAGGCCGCCCUCAUCAACUUCAACUUGAGACUAGAGGCCUUAGUCCACUGCGUCACCAUCUCCAAUGCAAAGGCUGUGGUUUUUGGAUCGGAGCUCACUGACGCGGUGUCUGAGGUCCACAGUUCGAUGGGGAAGGCGGUGCAGAUGUUUUGCUCUGGUGACUGGGACCCCAAACGAGUGCCGCAGGGAACCGAGUGCCUGGAGACGCUGCUUGAUGGAGCCCCUUCAUACCUGCCCCGCCGGCCUCAGCGCUGCUUCACAGAUCGCCUGUUCUACAUCUACACAUCAGGAACCACUGGGAUGCCUAAAGCUGCUAUUGUUGUGCACAGCAGGUACUACCGCAUGGCAGCUUUGGUGUAUUACGGCUUUAGGAUGACGUCAGAUGAUGUUUUGUAUGACUGCCUUCCACUCUACCACUCUGCAGGAAACAUAGUGGGAAUGGGUCAGUGCAUCAUACACGGCAUGACUGUGGUCAUCAAAAAGAAGUUCUCUGCCUCGCGAUUCUGGGACGACUGUGCCAAAUACAACUGCACUAUUGUGCAGUACAUUGGUGAGAUCUGCCGAUAUCUGCUCAACCAGCCGGUGCGGGAAACGGAGAAACGGCAUCGAGUCCGCAUGGCUUUGGGCAACGGUCUGCGCCAGUCCAUAUGGGAGGAGUUCAUGAAUCGCUUCAACAUCCCACAGAUUGCAGAGUUUUAUGGAGCCACGGAGUGCAACUGCAGCCUGGGCAACUUCGAUAACAAAGUUGGAGCGUGCGGCUUCAACAGUCAGAUUCUCCCCUACAUCUACCCCAUCAGACUGGUGAGGGUUGAUGAGGAGACCAUGGAGCUCAUCAGGGGUCCUGAUGGUGUCUGCAUUCCCUGUAAACCUGGUGAGCCUGGCCAGCUCGUUGGCAGGAUUAUUCAGAACGAUCCUCUUCGUAGGUUUGAUGGCUACGUCAACCAAUCAGCAACCAGCAAGAAGAUCGCUCACAGCGUUUUCAAGAAAGGAGACAGUGCCUAUCUAUCCGGUGACGUGUUGAUCAUGGAUGAGAAUGGCCACAUGUACUUCAAGGACCGAACAGGAGACACUUUCCGCUGGAAAGGAGAGAACGUCUCGACGACCGAGGUGGAAGGAAUUCUAAGCAGGCUGCUAGACAUGAAAGAUGUGGUCGUUUAUGGAGUGGAAGUGCCAGGAGCAGAAGGAAAAGCUGGAAUGGCCGCCAUCGCUGAUCCGUCUCACUCCACCGACCUGGAGAAGUUUGUGAAGGACAUGGAGAAGGCUCUUCCUCCGUACGCCAGGCCCGUCUUCCUCCGCUUCCUUCCAGAGGUCAACAAGACAGGAACGUUUAAAUUCCAGAAGACGGACCUGCGUCGGGAGAGCUUCGAUCCCACUGCAGUGUCCGACAGACUGUACUUCCUGGAUUCCAGCAGAGGGCGCUAUGUGCAGCUGGACGAGGAGCUUUACCGCACCAUACUGUCAGGGAAGAACAAAUUGUGAUGCCCCGGCUGAGCACUGCAUCUCCACACAGACACACACACACACUCCUACAAACACACAAAAGAAGACAUUAGUGUGUGUCCAGGAUAGCAGCAAGAUUUUGUCCCCAUUUUCACAGAUGCAUUUAAAGUAAUAGCCAUACACUUUGGAAGGCCGACACAUUUACAGACAGACACACACACACAUACAUGCAUAUUGUAUUCCCAGAACCCACUUUGCUCUGUGAAAUCCCUGAAAAAAUACAGACUUAUGCACGGCACACUCAGAAAAACGCACGCACCACUCCAUCCAUCCAUCUCCUCAGCCACUCCUCUCGCUACCUCAGCAACCAGAGAGGCGUAAACCCAGUAAGCAGGUCUAUUUGGUAACUUGAAACCACUCUUCAUGGCCACACAUUCUCUGCCCGCACAGCCCCAACUCCCAACAACCCCAACCUGUCAACCCCGGUUCAUCAGACCGAGUCGUUUCGCUGGCGAGGGGAUGAGGAGUUACGGGGCGCCUAGCAUCCAGAAUGCAAAAACUUGAAAACUGCAGAUAAACACCACCUUAAAGGAACAUGGAUUCAGUGUGCGGGACAACAGAGGGACCUAUGUGGACCUUAACUGUCUCUCUGUUCGUUGUUUUGUGAGGUUGUUUUGUAAAAGACUGGAGCUUCUGCCGUCGACUUAACCUGCACAGUUAGCCAACAGUUAGCCAAACCUGUGUGACAUCUGCCCUCCAUCUGUGGUUACAUUCAUCAAAGGAUUUCUCUCUUUUGGCUCUAUGUUAUUAUGUCGUUUUUUUUCUUCUUUUAAAGGGAACAACUUAAAGAUGUGAGGAAAGCCUUUGACGUGUAACACAGAUGUAUAAUUAGACCAGUGGUUGAAGCUGAAAGAUUUUAAAGUGCAAUGGGGCUCCGGUGUUUGAAGUGCAAUAAUCAGCCGCACCGUAUGAGAGCUGAUUUUUUAAAAAAAAACUAAAAAAAAACAGCAACACACCAAAUAUUUUUAAGUUGUAGUGUUUACAUAUUUAAGGAAAUAUGAGCAUCUGAAUUAUUUAUGAUAUUGUAAAAGCUUUUUUUCCUGCUGUAAUACUUUUUUUUUCUGCUUUAUGUGUAUCCAAAUCUUCACUAGCUCUCGGAGUCCUUCAAAGUAAAGCUGCAGAAAGCAUUUUAUAUCAGCUGCUGGAACACAAACUGCUUCAACCCUGGGCUAAACACAGGAGGUUCUGGUUGUGUGGCCGUACUGUGCAGGUUUUGUCUGUCUUGGGGUGCGUGUAUAUUCUUCUACAACAUUUGAAGAACACUCGACUGAAGAGAGGGGGAAAAAAAGCACCAAAACGCCUGAUCAGCGAGAACUUGAUCUGGUGCUCAAAAAGAGGGAUGUUCUGCCAGAGAAGAAGAGCUGAACGAUCCAAAGAUUCAAAGGAACCGGAGGGAGGAGGGAGGGAUGCAUCGAAAUAGAGCUGUAGAGGACAAGAAAACGCGCUUCGUCGUUAAUGGUGUCGUCUGUUGUUUGCAGUAGCUGUCAUCAGAGGUUGUAGCAGCAUGAAUGAGCAUCAUCAACCACAAGCAGAGCACUGUGCCUUACUGUGAGUUCACCUCCCAGAUUCACAGGCCCUGGAACGCAUAUAGGAUCAUAGGUUUCCCCUCUUUUCAUCUUUUCUCUUCUCACUCAGCUUCAUUUUAUUCGUCUGCUAAGAAGCGACCGGCGCUGCCAGGUGCAGGAGGAGUUUGUGUUUGUCUCUGGGCUGUUAGUGAGUCCACAUUCUGCAAGGCUGCUGUUGCUACAUUCGAGGACUCCACCCCACCUGCUUCACUCCCUUUGAAUCUCUUCUUUAUUUAUUCCUAGCUUUAAUUUGUCUUCUUGCUUUGUGUUUGUCGGUUACCCACGCUCAGCACUUUUUACUUUAAGCCUUUAUUGUAUUUCUGCCAACCACCCGAAUCCUUUUCCUCUCUCCCAUCUGUUCUCUCCCCUCGUUCCUUCCCUUCGAGCCUCCGUUUGAUCCCGUCUCGUACCGAGCCUUGUUCUCUGCCACGCCUGCUGCAUCUCGCUGUGCUCACAUCCAUUCAGAAGAACAGCUCUCGAAUACAUCUCGGAUAUUUAGAGAUUCCAGUUAGUUUCAUGUAGUUGAGGAGGGUGUUUGCUCAAAACCAUUUCCAAGUAUCGUUUGCUGAUGUGUGUUGUGUGUAGUCUACCGUUAUCCUCCAUUUUAAGUCUCCUACUGUACAGCGAGGCGGGCUGUUGCCAACAUGAACUGUGCAACACGUCAUCUGAAGCUUUCCUGCACUGUAGAACGACUUAAGAGUUUUAUUGUGGCAACACUUAGCCUACUUUGUUUUCUGCAGACUGAUUCCUAAUCCGUUUAACUAUGUUUUCUUCAUUUUUUUUUUGUUGCACUGACCGACACAGUUGACCUUGAUGGCUGCAGUCUGCCGACAGCAACCGUCAAAGCUGCUGUAAUUUCCCUGAUUCAGGGGGAGAAAAAAGACCAACAAAGCCGUUUGACAGGAUCUGAAAUUUGUUCCUGCUUCCCCUGUCUUUCUCUCACGUGUAUUUAUUCUUUUAUGAUGAGUGUGAAAUGUUCUCAUGAAUGUCUGAAAAAGAAAACAGGUGAUCAGCGAUGAUGAUGUGAAGUAAAGUGUGAUUUGUGUAUGGAAGGGAACACAGUUCGGCUGUUAUGAUGCUUCUGACUGAGGGUUUGCUAACCCUGACCACCAGGGGGCGUGUGACUAAACAGCCCCACAGCAGGGCACUCUGAAGAAGAGGUUUCCAUUUUCAGUUUUUUUUUUAAAAUGAGUUUAAAUUAUUGUUUUUGAAGAAACUGUUAAUUAUACUUUGAUUGUUUCACUGCUCUGUGUAUUUGCUUUUGUUUUUCUUUGUGUGAAAUCAUAGCUUUUGUGGUUUUGGUUUUAAAAUGGGGGGGAUUCACACAUGAAUGGAAGACAAUCGAAUGGCUGUUUUUGCUACUGUUUUUUUUGAAAGGCACUAGGAACUAGCCAGGAAUCUGCCUUUUCAGGAAAAAAAAUAAAUGGUUGUAGAUGUCUGCUCGGAGCCUGUUUGCCAUUUCCACGUUAAUAAAUAUUGCCAGUCAAAGAGAGACACGCACAUGUUUCCAUGCCAUCAUUUGAAAUCUAUAACACAUUUUAAAGUUUGGAAUUUCUAGAUGUUUCACUUAAAAUGACUCGACUCUGGCUGAACAAAUCCGCUGUUACCAGGUCAUCUGCAUUUUUUUACAUCAUACAAACACUGUAAUCAGUUCAUAGAGAUUGUUGUAUUUAUUACCAAACUGUCAUUUGAAAACUUCUAAAGUGUUCUAAAGCCUCAAAGGCGUGGAGCUGCCACCAGUCUUCCUUUCAUAUUGGGAUCAGUGAAGAUGAUCUGAGUGGAAACCACCUCAGAAAUAAAUGGUGAGUCACAGUGAGGUCUGAUCUCAGCCUGGCUACAGAUUUGUGUUUUACAACAUGUCUGUGUCUCUUGUGUCUUACUGUCCUCUCAUUCCUCUGAUCAACAUUUGUCACUUGGCUUUUUGCACUUUUUGUUUGUCCUUUUUCCCCCUUCAUGGUUCGUAUAUAUGUUUGCCUACAUGUGAGAAAGGUUUUCCUUAUUUCAUGUGAUUGUCUGGCUGCAGAGUGUAGAGGAGGUCUGUGAGGUGUGUCUGAAGCACACACUGAUGUUCUCUUGUCCACUGAAGGCUAGUUGUAUAUGUCAUGCAUUUCAAGAAAAUGAGAUGAAAGCAGUGCUGCAAAUGGAAAAAUCAUUAUUAAUAAAAACUAUUUAAAUUGUU